GGUUUACAACUACAUACGAUGGCAUCACUGUUGCACACCGAUACCGAGGGUUGCAGCACGGAAUGAUACGCUGUCCAUACAUUCAUGAGAUGCAUGAACGUUUGCUAGGACCAACGCCGAGACGACCGCUCCCAAUAUCAUUUCCACCGCUCGCCAAACCGGAAGUAAUGGAUCGCGAAAGUGACUGUCUGCUGGACAGCCGUCCCGAAAGUCGCCAAAUCGUCGGCACGGUCGUCAAGCUUAAUCCGGACGGGUUCGGUGCGCACACCACCUCCACCCACCAUCACCCUCAUCAUCAUCAUGGGCAGCAGCAGCAGCAGCAGCAGCAACAGCCGCACCACCGAACGCCGCUAGUGCCUUGCAAUGGGACGGACGACGAUGAGGAGCGUACCGGGGGGCAUCACCGGCUGCGGGACGGGAUCGGUACCGUGACCAGCACGAUCAGUGACUCGGACGAUGACGGUAUCCAUCUGCGGACGCAUUUGCGCAAGAUCAUCGAGGGACGCAAACCGAAAAAUGCCAAAACCUCACUGUUCAUAGUCACCAGUCUAGUCUACGCGAUGCUGCUAAUCGUCGUGUGCGUCGCGUACGUUAUCAGCGACGUCACCACGCACCGUCUGCCUGUGAUCUACUACGAGGGCUUCUUUACCUAUCUGUACGGUGCGAGCAUACUGUUCCUGCUGUACGUGUUCUGCUUCCUGCUGCAAGAGAGUUCCUGCUGCAACGGCAAACCGAAACCACCGAAGGAGAAGAAACCGAAGAAGGAAAAGAAAUCGAAAAAGAAUGCCGAUGUGGAGGCGGGAAAGGAGGGCAAGGAUGGAAAGGAGUCGACCGCCGCCAAGGAUGGUGCGGGCAAAUCGGCCAAGGAAGAGUCGAAAGGCAAAGGGUCGUCCACUAAAGCUAGUUCCUAUCAGUACUCGAAAAAACAGGAAGUGUACCCGAAAAAAAAGCGCGAUCAGCUGCGCGAAUCACGCCGCGAUUCGGCGACAUCAUCAACACCAGCAGCAGCAGCAGCAGCAGUAGUAACAGCAUCACCAUCAGGCACACCAGGAACACCGAUCUCGCCGUGCGUCAGUCUAUCGUCUACACCGGCCAAACGGAGAGACAUCCGGCCCGAACAGGUCCGAUAUCGGGCAGAACCAUGCUGGGUGCAGGAGGCCACACCCAAUCCGGAAGCUGCUAUGUCUCCAAGGUUUAAGCGCAAAACUACUCAGGAUCCAGCUCACGGCAGUUUCUUCCUGCGUGUCGGUGCAAUCGCAUUCGGUCUUGGUACGAUGAUCUACACUGGUUUGGAGUUUGGAUCAUUCUUCGAGAUCCCGUUCACCUCACCUUGCCAUCAGAUACUGCGAGGUGUCAACCCACUGCUGCAGAUGAUCUUUACCUUUAUGCAGAUGUACUUUAUCUUUAUGAAUGCGCGGCUGAACAUUCAUCGCUUCAAGGUGUUGGCACGGUUCGGCUUGAUGCAUAUAGUCGCGACAAACAUUUGCGUCUGGAUUCGCACGCUGGUACUUGAAUCGCUGAAGGAAAUUACUGCCUACCAUCAACGCCGUGGACCAGAACCGGAGGACUCGGUAAUUCUGGAGAACAUCCGCCAGCAUACUCUACGCAAUGCCGGCAUGGUGAUGGGGACGGAUCUAGGCCCUAGUGGCGAUACCGAAUGGGAACCGCUCAGCGUUAAUCUGAACGCUCAGGAAGAUCUGCUGUCUCAGGACGCAUCCAGUGUGCUGUCAAAGAUUGUGCAGGGUACUGCGCAUACUAUUACGGAGGCAGCGACUACACUGGUAACUGCCGUUACGUCCACCUCAACCGCCGCACCAACCACGACGACUUCGUCCUCUACCAGCACGCCCUCCACAACAACCACGACCACCUCCACCACUACCCCAACGACAACGCUCGCCUGGAUUGAACCGAACACUGGGUCGACCACCACCACCAGCACUACCGCCCGCGGUCUGCUCGAACGUCUGCGCGACGUAGUAGCGACGGAGACGACCACGCCGUACGAAACGCCGUCGGAUCAUUUCGGUACCGGACACGCAAUGUCUACGUCGAACGUGGCCAACGCAACGACCGCCACACCCUCGACCGGAUCCUCGUUCCUGGACUCGUUCAUGGAUCACGUGAACUAUCUCCAGCGCAACAACAGUCUCGACCAGACGUACGAAAGCCUGGACUCACUGUUUCCUUCCGCAUUUAUCGCCACCUCCACUGCCGUCUCGACCAACGCAACUGCGGUUAGCUGCGGAAGGGUUAACAUCAUGGGUACGAUUGUGCAGGAUUCGGCCCCGUACCUGUACCCGUUCAUCAUCGAGUACUCGCUGAUCGGUGCUGCCGUCAUCUACGUUAUGUGGAAGCAUAUUGGACGCUACCCGAAGUUCACCAAUGAGGAAGAUUUGGAGCACCGUCUGGAGGUGAUGUUGUCCCGCCGUGCCGUCGUGAUGGCGCAGCAGGCUCGUACCGGUCGUGUCGAUUGUGUCGGUGCAUCCAAAGGGCUAUUCUUCGGCUUGCUGCUGCUCGUUGGUUCGCUCAUCUGUCUCAUCCUGUUCUUCGUGCUCGUCAGACAUCCGCAGCUUUCCCUGUUGGCUAUCUAUCUGGCGGAUGUUUCCCACUGUGCUUUAAUGGUACUGGCAAUCUUCGCUAUCAUCAUCGGCUUCAUCCGCGUACAAAAUCUGAAGUUCCGCUGCGAGGAACAGAGCAACCUGAACGAUAUACUGCUGCGCAUAUCCGCGUUCGGUCUGUUCGUCUACUCAACGUUCAGCGUGAUUGCCGGUUCGCUCAAUGCGUUCGAAAGCGAACCGAACCUGCUGGUGAUGGUGACGGGCAUCGUCGCUGUGGUACAGGUCGUCAUACAGCUGCUGUUCAUUGCGGACGUUUCGCGCCGACGCGUCCACCUGCCGGAGCACGAUCGCAUUAAGCCGGGCCGCCAGAUUGUAACGUUCUUGCUGAUCUGCAACAUCUCCAUGUUCGCCAUCUACACGUUCGAGGCGCAGAAAGUGUUUGCUAAUCCUGUGCAAUUGGACUUCUACGGCUUCAUUGCUUGGUCGCUGAUUCAGCGCGUCACCUUGCCGCUGUGCAUCUUCCACCGUUUCCACAGUGCGGUCACGCUAGCAGAAGUCUGGAAAACUACCUACAAGGCACGUCUCGAGUAAACCAACCGU